AGUGCACACGUAAAUGGUGCAUGUACUUAUCACGUUGCAUAUGUUUAUGUCGCUUAUCUACUAACAUGCUUUUCACCGCAACGAUCAUAUAUCAGUCAAAAUGUGCAUUUUAAAUGUAUAGAGUCCCUUAAUUAGAACAAAUGUUCACUAAAAUAUUCACAUUAUAAAACAUACAGCUAACACAGUACUUUUGUCCUCGAGAAAAACAUAUUUUUCGACUUGAAAUUAACAACAUAUCUGUGUUAGCAUUCGUAAACUCAUUAUGCUUAAAAUAUGAAAAUAAAUUAGCUAUGAAUGAUGGUAAACAAGAAUAAGUACAUGGUUGAUGACAACUUGAUAAACAAGAGUCUCUUGAUUUACGCCAAAAAGGACGAUACGUUUGUUAAUACAACUUUCUCUACAUCAUCAACGGAUUAAAAAGAGUCAUUUUGUUUAUUGAUAGUCCGUUUAAUUCGAAUAUCAUUACCCUUUGUUUUCUCUUUGGCUUGGGGACCAUUAGUUUGCCCCUCCACUUUUCUCUCUUUGUCCAUGAUCACAUAACAACACCAGGUAGUGUUUUCCUCUGGAUGAUCUUUACAUUCACUCUCAUGUUCUUGUCUCCUUGAUGCUUUUAACUUUAAAAAAGGUUUUGAUGACUUGUUGAAGCUGUGUUUAUAUUAUUUAUAGAGUUUUUGUUUGGUGUUACCGAAUAUUCUAUUUGAUCAGUUUACUUUUUUUUGUCCGUCUGUCUGCAGAGAAAAAAGGUUCUAUUCUUUUAUCAAUGGAUGGAUGUUCAGGUAAACGAUCGGUUAACCGGAUGGUCUUGCCUAGAAAAGCAAGCGGCACUGUACUGCUGCGUGAGAAUAUGAGCAAGAAAGAUGAAAAGAGUGUCUCUUUCUGCAGCAGGAUUGGUUGUAGUGCAAAGGUAUCUUACACCAAGGGAACUAGGAUGGUUAAUAAUACUAAACUUGGUUCCUCCUCAAAUGGGAAGGAGAUUGUUAGGAGUUCAUCUCGAACUCCAGGUGGAUUUGGAUACUUAAGAAAGCCGGCUACAUUUACUACUGGUAGUCCUCUGAUUGGUUCCUCAGUUUCUUCUUCUGGUAGCGAGCACACUGUAAAAGGUGGUGGUCUGAGCAGGAACGGAUUGAGGUGCAGUUCUGUGUCUGAAGUUCUUCCAACUAAUGCAACAAGAAUCAGUGUGACGAAGAGGAAAAACUCUGAUGGGGAGAGCAGCUCUUCUAGCACUAGAGCCAGUAAGACCAGCGUCUCAGGUACCAAGGGAAGGAAUCAAAGUUCUUCUUCUCGCAUCACAGAUUCUGAUAACAGAAGGAAUCGGAUAGUACCGAGUAUCAGAGGUAACAGUGUUGUUUCAGUUAAUGGUAAGAGAUCAUCAAGUAGUCAUAGCAGGCCGAGCAGUAACAGUGGCCCAUCACCUUCACGCUCAUUGGUGAGCCAGGAUAGUUUAAGUCGCUACAACAUUAACAUAAUAGCAGAGGUAUUGUUGGCCCUUGAAAGGAUUGAGCAUGAUCAGGAGCUUACAUACGAGAGACUGGCUUCUUUGGAGACGAGUCUAUUCUCAAGUGGUGUGUUCAGAUUCUACGAUGAGCAUAGAGAUAUGAGGCUUGACAUUGAUAACAUGUCAUAUGAGGAGCUACUAGCUUUGGGGGAUAAAAUGGGUACAGUGAGCACAGCUCUAAGUGAAGAAGCACUCUCGAAAAGCCUCCUGAAAAGUAUUUAUCAGGAGACAGAUGAAACCGGCUCCACUUCACUGAACAAGGAUGAUGAUAUCAAGUGCAGUAUUUGUCAGGAAGAGUAUGUUGAUGGAGAUGAAGUAGGGACUAUGUCAUGUGAACAUAUGUACCAUGUGAGCUGUGUACAACAAUGGCUACGGAUGAAGAGCUGGUGUCCCAUCUGCAAAACCUCUGCAGAAGAGGAGAAGUAGUUGUAGUGAUAAUGCCACACCCAACUUUAGCUUUGUGGGAUGAUUACAAGAUGAUCAGAUACAUUGCUUCUUCAUCUUCACCAAAUGCAUUGUUUCUACAUCAUCUUUCUCUCUUGUACAUAACAUUUUUUUUUUUUACUUUUGACUCAUACGAUCAGAUGACAAUUUCCAUUCUCCACUUGUAUCAAACCUUAACUUUUGAUUUGAACCUGAAACAUUUUUGUAGUCUAUACCAACUUAAAGUUUUUUUUUCUUGUUCUGCCUUCUUCAUACCAACUCUUACAUAAAUACAAAUAUGUUAUUUUCUCCAUAGGAUUGUUCUGCAACAAUGUAUUUUUUUUUUCAUAAUUAAUGGAAAAUAUUCUUGUGGCUGAA